UGAAAUGUUGACCCGUACAAGUAUUGCCUGAGGACCCAAUUAGUGAGUGUAUUCAUUUGGAAUCGUGGCCUAUGACCUUGUUGAAAAUCACGUUUCUUUUAUCGAUUUAUCCAAACAUUUAAAUCCCAUCAAAUCCUCAUAAGAUUAACUAAUUGUAAGUUUUGGAGGAUCGCAUGCUUGGUUUUCCCAGGAUCAGUUUGACCAACGUGUUUACAGCACUAAUCACGAAGGAUUUACCAAGCUCAGUUGCAGUUGUUUCUGUAGUUCACAUGUAAAUAAUGUAUCGUUUCAGUUUAUUAAGUGUUUGUGUUAUUGUGUGCUAUUUAUCUGCGGAUGCAGCUUCUAUACAGAAGAGGCAUGCCCAGUCAUCUGACCUCGCUGCUGCUAUCCUUGAACGACCAGGAUUAUUAAACCUGGCAACCAGACUACACAAUAUCGCUGGAAGCAUUCUCGAUCGAGCCCAACAGAAUCGGCCGAAUCAUGGAUUUGGACCACCCCCACCGGGACCUCCGGGCCAUUAUCCUCCGCAUCCAGGAUUCCAAGGGCACUAUCCACCUCCACCUCCACCUCCACCCCCUCAUGGAGGUUAUCCUGACUGGUUUGGCGGACAUGGAUAUCCUGGAUAUGGACCUCCAGGUUUUGGGCCGCCGGGUGGGCCCCCGCCACCUGGAGGUCCGGGUUGGCCCCCUCCAGAAUAUGGACCUCCACCACCACCUCCUCCCCCAUAUGACCCAUACGGACCCUAUCACGGUGGCAAUUUUCCACAACCGCAGCCAGAAGAUGAAGACAAGAAGCUGAUCUCGGGUUAUUUCGAUGGAAACUUCCCAGUGAUAUUGCUUGAUCAGGAAAAUGAAGUUCGAAGAUAGUUUGCUGUGCAGUCAAUAUUAAAUCAAUUUUAAUUUUAA